AUGGACAGGAUACCAAACACCCAAGGCGGCGCCGCCAGUGCCGCAGACGACUCAAUUGGCGCUCAGGCACCGCCGCCAGCGGUUUCGUUCCAAGGAAAGGCCGCCGACGGCAAAGACCAGAGCGCGCACAUCGCCGCAGGCAUCAUGCUUGCGUCUGUUGGCGGCGACCAGGAUCGCAACUCUGUCGCGACGUCAAACGGGCGUAGUUCGGGGACAAGAGACAAAACGCCGCUCGCGAGGCUGAGGCAUGUCUUGAUCACGUUUGGCAGGUUCGUGGGGCCUGGAUUCAUGGUGUCUGUUGCGUACAUUGAUCCCGGAAACUACUCCACCGACAUCGCUGCGGGCUCCUCCUACCGCUUCAAGCUCCUGUUCGUCGUCCUGCUCAGCAAUCUCUUCGCCAUCCUCCUACAAAGCCUCGCCAUCCAGCUUGGUACUGUCACUGGUCUGGACCUCGCAGAGGCAUGUCGCGCCUAUCUGCCGCGAUGGCUCAACUACUUCCUCUACGUGCUGGCAGAAGUGGCCAUCAUCGCUACUGACAUUGCCGAGGUCAUUGGAACGGCCAUUGCGCUAAAUCUCCUUAUCCCCAAACUUCCCCUUGUUGCAGGCUGUGCCCUCUCCAUCCUCGACGUCAUGGCUAUCCUCAUCUUUUACCGUCCAGACGGCUCCAUGAAAGGCCUCCGCAUCUUUGAGUUCUUCGUCCUCUUCUUGGUCCUGGGCGUCGUCGUCUGCUUUUGCAUCCAGCUCUCGCUGAUCAAGCAUACCAGUGUCGGGGAGGUCUUCAAGGGCUAUCUCCCCUCCAGCGCCAUUGUCCAAUCUAAUGGCUUGUAUCAAGCCUGUGGCAUUCUCGGGGCCACUGUGAUGCCUCACAGCUUAUACCUUGGGUCAGGCAUCGUCAAGCCCCGGCUCAGGGAAUAUGACGAGAACCACGGCCUCAUGCCCCAGGAUCCCGUGUCGGCAGCGUCGUCGACUAUUGAUGAGAGCUACGAUAAGGUCGUGUACAUUCCGUCUCUCGCAGCCAUCAAGCACUCGCUCAAAUACUCCAUUGCUGAGCUUUCGCUGUCGCUUUUCACCUUUGCGCUCUUUGUCAACUCGGCUAUCCUCAUCGUUGCCGGCGCUUCACUAUACGGGAACCCCGAUGCCCUCACCGCAGAUAUUUUCGGCAUUCAUCGCCUGCUCUCCGACAGCAUCUCGUCUGGGGCCGGAACCAUCUUCGCCCUGGCUCUCUUACUCUCAGGUGUCUCAGCUGGCAUCGUGUGCACCAUUGCGGGCCAGAUGGUCAGCGAGGGCGCCCUUCGAUGGAAGGUGAAGCCUUGGCUACGACGCCUCACGACGAGGUCCAUCAGCAUCACCCCUUCUAUCAUCAUCGCCGGCGCAGUUGGACAGGUGGGCCUGGACAAAGCCCUCAACGCUUCGCAGGUGGUUCUCAGCACGGUGCUGCCCUUUGUCACAUUCCCGCUCAUCUACUUCACUGCGCGAUCUCGGUAUAUGACGGUGCAGCCGGGUCGAGCUCGGCUUCAAAUUGAAUCAAGGGAAGAAGACGGAGAGGCAAUUCGCGCGCCUGGUAUAGACAUGUCCAAUGGAUGGUUUCUUAUUAUUAAGAAGCCCUACUCCGCCGUCACGGUCACCAUCGAGACGCUCACGUCCGAGGCCUACCAAGAGGACGACGUCGGCGGCAUCCCCGACCUCGUCGAAGUCAUCACCAUCCAGGCCUCUGGCCCCACGGAGGCCGCGCGCGCCAUCCGCAAGAAGCUCAAGUACGGCAACGUGCACCGCCAGAUCCGCGCCCUGGUCCUACUCGACGGCCUGAUCCAGAAUGCCGGCCCGCGCUUCCAGCGAACCUUUGCGGACGAGCCUCUGCUAGAGCGUCUGCGUGUCUGCGGCACGUCUGACCUGUCCGACCCGGAGGUGAGGAAGAAGUGCAGGGAGCUGUUCAGCAGCUGGUCCCAGUACUCGAACAAGCCUGGCCUGGAGAGGAUCGCGCGACUGCACAAGGAGCUGCCGAAGCGCAAGGUUGGCGUCACGCAGGAGAGAUCAAAGGUGUUGAAGGAGACGGAGAACCCCUUUGGCGACGAAGAGGACGAUGAGCCAACUUCACCCAAGCCUUCCAACGCCGCGGGGCCGUCGUCUUCGUCUCAUAACCGUUCGGCACAUAGCCGCGAAGGCUCGGCAGUCAACUCGCUCAAACACCAACAGGCGUCUUCACUGUCCCUGUCCAGCGGCGGAUCCAUAUUUGGCAGCGGCUCUUCUAGCUCUGAUAAAAAGAAGAAGAGUAGCAGCAGCAAAUCCAAGGGCAAGAAGAAGCCGUUCAAUCUAGAAGCAGAAAAGGAGCAGAUGAAGUCUGUUAUCGCAGAGUCGUCGCUGGCAGCUACAAAUUUGGGCAACGUGCUGCAGACUAUUAACCGUGAGAAGGAGCGAAUUUCCGAAAACAACCUGGCUGUGGAGAGAUUUGAAUCCUGCAAGCUGCUUCGUAGGAAGGUGUUGCGCUACAUUCAUCAUGUCGAUCACGAACAGUGGCUUGGCCCUCUCCUCCACGCCAACGACGAACUGGUCCACGCUCUCAUGACCUUUGAGCAGCUAGAUCAGUCUGUCGACGCUGACAGUGACUCUGACGACGAACUCGCCGAACAAGCUCACUUAUACCGAAUGGCCGCCUUGAAAGGAAAAGAGGAACAGGUCGCCAAAGACGGCACGACCUCCCCAACCCGGGCCGAGCACCCUGACAUUGCCGGCCUGAGCAUCAACUCCCCACCAAGACAGACUCCGCCGCCCCGACCAUCUGCCAAGCCGGCCUUUUCAGCACCACCAAUCCCUCCGCCGCUGCCUUCGAACCCGCGACCGGCAGUGCAGGAGAGGCAGGAUUCCUACCAGUCAGAGGAAGAGGACGAAGACGAUCCGUUUGCGGACAGGAACGCUAUGUGA